AUGGCAAUCAAGCGCUCCGUGGAAGAGGCCGGUGCCAGCGCAGCCAGACCACGCCGCCAACACCUCAAGCGCAUUAAGAUCUCACCCACUCAUGAAGACACAGACAACAGCAGCGAGGCCUCCAGCGGCUCGGUCUCAGAGGACUCGGCACUCCGCAGCAGCCCGCAACCCUCAGACCCCGAGCGCAACAGUAGCAUGAGCUCGCUCGAACCCUCCGCAGCCAACGGCGACGACGACAGCGAAAGCAGCAUCUCGAGCACGAGCUCCGAAGACUCAGAAAUCGACUCGGAUUCAGAGACAGAGAUCACAACGAUCGGGCAACCGAAGAAACCUCCCAUACACAAGCAAGGCCUCCAAGAAGGCGCGCAGGAUUUACGAUCGAGACUGUCGUCUUUUCUACCGCAGAUGGCAGAAGCUAACAGGCUGCUCGCGGAUAAAUCGGACGGGUACAGCUUGGAGGAGGUUGGGGAGGAUGAGCAGCAUAUUGAGAUGAAUUUGGGGCUGGGGGUGCUUGAGCAGCAGGGUGAGGAGGAUGCGGAGAACAGCUUGGACGAGUCGAGCGAUGAGGAGGAUGUAGGGGAGGAGCUGCCGGCAUUUUCCGAAGGUGUGAACGGUGUGAAGCAGGACCGAGAAGCUGAUGUGUUGGGCAAGCUGAUGGGACAGGAUCGUAAGCGGCAGAAAGUUGGGAUUCAGGAGGCCGAUUGA